AUGUCGUUGCCACUACCAGCAAUUCUCACCUGCCGCCUUACCAUCAAGAACGGCGAUCCUCUCACUUCGUGCCGAAACAAGACCGAGCCCAUCGACUUCUCCUUUCAGAUUGACCGUGGCUUCAGGCUAUUCAAGGCUCAAGUAGCAACCGAAUUAAUUCGUCGUCUGCCAAACGAUUGGCAGGAUGACUUCAGCGUCUAUCUCAAGCCCACCAAGCACGCCCCACAACGUGAAUUUCUCGAGUUGGACGAGGAAAAUUUCUCCAGUCGCGUCGCCAGAUCUUGGGAAUUAGCUCGCCUUCGUCUACACGUGAUCCAAGUGCAAGUUCAUGUUGGAGAUCGCCAGGAAAUUCUCGGUUUACCGGCCUACAGCCUUCGCCCUCCGUUCCGUGACCCGGUAGAUUUUGAGACUCCCGCUCCCGCAGAAGACAUGGAUGAUAUCGAUCACCUUAACGAUCAACUCUAA